CAUUGCCUAUUUGCUGUCAACAAAUUGACUACGCUUCCCAGGAAGCCUUGCGCGGUUAGGAGCCGCCCCUCCCGCGUUCCUCCUUCGCGAUGCGCACUGGGAAAUGCAGUCCGCCCUCCAUUGCGGCUCAUUGUACAGCUCCCUCACGGGACUACAUUUCCCAGAAAGCUUUGCGAAGCGGUUCGGUUUGUAUAGCUAAGGAAGGCCGAGCAGCGGUUUGAACGGAAAGCAAGAUGGGGAAGCGGUACUUCUGCGACUACUGCGAGCGCUCCUUCCAGGACAACCUCCACAACCGGAAAAAACACCUCAACGGCGUCCAACACAUCCGGGCCAGGAAGGCCUGGUAUGACCGCUUCCGGGAUGCAGCUGCCGUCCUGCAGGAAGAACAGAACAAGAAGCCCUGCAGGAAGUUCCUACAAACAGGCCAGUGCGACUUCGGCCCCAAUUGCCGCUUCUCUCACUUCUCGGAGGCCGACCUGCAGGCGCUGGAGGACCGCGCACGGGCGGAAGAGAGGCGGGCUGCGGGCCGACCGAGUGAGGAUACCGAGAGGCCCCGGCCGCCGGGCUGCCUCGAGGACUGGCUGGAGAAGCGGGCCAAGCGGCUACGGGCCACCGAGAGCAACAGCUCCCUCCCGGAGGAAGAGGAGGAGGAGGAGGCCCCGCCCCCCCACCGCCCCCCGGGAUGGCCCCCCGAACACGGCCUGCCCCCCUCGCUGAGAGCGCCCCCUCCUGGCGGGUGGGCCCUCCCCCGGGACCUCCACUGGGGAUGACUCGCAAUAGAUCUCCCAGCUCGUUUCGCUGUUGAUACAUCGGACAUUAAUCAUUUAUUAUCCCUUCCAAUCAAUUGAUCAAUCAGUCGAUCGGUUUUUGGUCUCGGAUCCAUGCAUCUCAAUGGCAGAGAAUAAACUUUCCUCCUCUCAAUGGAGAAAAA